AUGAAUGUGAUUCGGACGAUGAUAUGCGACUCAUACUCGGAUUGCUAUCAUAGCUUCAGAAGCUUGAUACUGUCUAUGCCUGAAUGGCCAAUCUUUCAAGAAUUCUCAAGGAUCCCCGAUGAACACCAAGAUUUGAUCCUUCAUGAGGUUCCCAAACCAGUGAUAGAGCACGACAUAUCUUUGUUCUUGAAGCACCGACUCUCAGCUAUACGGACUAACCGCACCCUACCUGUCGAUUGGCCUGGAAAUACUAAUUUCCAAUAUCUGGUGACAUUGUCCGUACCAUUGUUUAUUUUCGCCGCCACUAUAUGCCGUAUCCUUGAGGACCCUUAUUGGGACCCAAAGGAUAGCCUCAAUGAGAUAUUGACACAUGAAAACGAUACAUCAAAGCUUGAUGGAACGUACCUUCCUGUGCUCAAACGGGUUUUGUGUGACCAAAGCAAAAGGCAGUUAAACCAAAUGGUUCGUCAAUUUCAACAAGUGGUCGGUGCAAUCGUGAUAUUACAGAGUCCCCUCUCAGCCAUCUCACUUUCGAACCUUAUUGGCCUCCCUCAGCGUCUUGUUGAUAUCAGACUGAGCCUAUUACACUCGGUUCUGAGUGUACCAGAUGAUAAGAAUUUGCCAGUACGGCCCUUCCAUCUAUCAUUCCGAGACUAUCUUCUUGAUCCGGAAACACGCGAGAAGACACCACUUUGGAUAGAUGAGAAGAAAGUGCACUAUAUGUUGGCCACUCGUUGCCUCCUUAUGUGUCAAAAUUUAAGGAAAAAUAUAUGCCAAUUACCAAGUGAUGGAACACAACGUGCGGAGGUUGAUCAGGAGACAAUCGAUCACUAUCUUUCUCCAGAACUGCAGUACUCCUGUCGAUACUGGGCACAUCAUCUAAUGCACUGCAUGGACUCGCUUGGUGUACUGCACGAUGCUCUGUUAUUUCUCCAGAGACAUUUCCUACAUUGGAUGGAAGCAAUGAACCUAUUAGGUCUCGGAGCAGAAGUGGUGGGUAUUCUUAAUAUUUUGGGAACAGUUCUACCUAGCAGCCAUGGCACAAUGUCAGAGUUUUUACGGGAUGCAAAACGCUUUGUUCUGAAAACCCAUAGGAUUGUUGAUGAUUCGCCACUGCAAAUUUACUGCUCAGGGCUUGCAUUUGCACCCUUAAAUUCAAUAAUUCGGAAACAAUUUAAUGAAGAUAUUCCACAGUGGAUGGCCCAGGUGCCAUGGAUUGAGAAUACAUGGGGUGCAGAAUUGCAGGUUCUCGAGGGCCAUUCAUCCGAUGUCAGAUCGGUGGCAUUCUCACCCGACGGUUGCCUAUUAGCCACUUCAGGCUCCCAUGAGCACACGGUUCUACUCUGGGAUAUGGCAACAGGAGCUUUACAACAGGCUCUAGAUAGCCAUUUUUACGAAGUUGACUCGUUGGCAUUCUCGCCGGAUGGCCGACUAGCCUCCGGCUCGUCUAGCGAGAUCCGACUCUGGGACACCGCGACAGGGGUCUUACAACAGACUCUUAGGGGUCAUUCUUGCAACAUUACCUCCCUAGUAUUCUCUCCGAAUAGUCGGCUACUAGCCUCCGGCUCAUUUGAACACACAAUCCGGCUCUGGGACACCACAAUAGGAGCAAUGGUCCUACGACAAACUCUUGAGGGACAUUCUAGAGUUGUUAAAUCCGUCGCAUUUUCUCCUAAUGGCCAUCUACUAGCCUCCGGGUCAUGGGACCACACAGUCCGGCUCUGGGACACCGCCACAGGGGCUCUACAACAUACUCUCGAGGGCCAUUCAGAUACUGUUAACUCGGUAGCAUUCUCGCCCGACGGCCGGCUAGCCUCCGGCUCUACCGAUGGCACAGUCGUGCUCUGGGAUACUACGACAGGAGUCCUACAACAGACUCUUCAUGUAUAUUCUUCCGAUGUUCGCUCGCUCGUAUUCGUUCCUGAUGGCCGGCUGGCCUCCGGCUCCGGUGACAGCAAAGUCCGACUCUGGGACACCGUGGCAGGGACCGUACAGCAAACUUUCGAGGGUCAUUCGGGCAGUACUACCUCAAUAGCAUCAUCCCCUGAUGGGCGGCUAGCUUCCGGUUCCCAUGACUAUACGAUCCGGCUCUGGGAUACCACGAUAGGAGUCGUACAACAGACUUUUGAGGGCCAUUCAGAGUUCGUUAUAUCGAUAGCAUCCUCGCCUAAUGGCCGACUACUAGCCUCUGGUUCUAAAGACCACACCGUCCGGCUCUGGGACACCGCUACAGGGGCACUACAACAGACUCUAACGGGUCAUUCAAUGCCGAUUUGGUCAGUAGCAUUCUCACCUAACAGUGACCUCCUAGCCUCUGGCUCCGGCGACCAUACUGUCAAACUGUGGGACACCGCCAUGGGAGUCUUACAACGGACUCUUGAGGGUCAUUCAUAUGACGUUAACUCGGUGGCAUUCUCGCCUGAUGGCCGGCUACUAGCCUCCGGCUCCUGUGACCAUACGAUCCGACUCUGGGACGCCACGACAGGGGUUCUACGGCACACUCUCGGGGACUUUUGGCUUUGGGCUUCAUCGGUUAAGUUCUCGUCCGACAGCCGCCUACUAGCCGCCCAUACCAAACACAUAGUGCAACUCUGGGACACCACGACAUGGGCCCUGCAACAGACCUUAAAAACCGACGAAGUGGUGACUUUUAUGGAAUUCUCCGGUGAUGGCUCGUGUUUAAGAACCAAUAUUGGAUCCCUCGAUAUCCAGCCCAGAAGUGGGCAUUAUAAUUCUGAAACAUCCCAGACGAGUCUAGAGGUAUCAAUACGGGAGGAACAGUGGGUAGCCCUGAAUGGGAAGAAGUUAUUAUGGCUUCCCCCUGAGGCUCGGCCUUAUUGUUCGGCGAUUGGAGAUGGAACACUAGGUUUGGGAUGUCGAUCAGGGCGCAUUUAUUACAUGAAAUUUCGAUAA